GAAGGGGUUCAUGAGGGGGUUGACACCGCGGGUAUUGACUUUCAUGCCGAGCAAUGCGCUGUGCUGGUUAUCAUACGAGUUCUUCAAGGCCGCAAUACGAGAGGAUUGACACAGUAUACUAUAUUAUUAAUAUCAGCGUUUCAUGACGGGGACUGUCUACAGUGGUGUGCGUUGCUCCUUUGUUGUUUGUUGUAUCAAUCUCGCAGAGUGCACAAAUGCAAGACUGUCGGAACACUAGAUACGUUCGCCGAGCGAUAAAAAUGGACCGAACCUUCAAGUUACGCGUCGAUGCACAACAUGUCUUCUUUCGUAACGAUCAGCGUGGCCAUAUCCGUGAAAUCUCAGGUACCAAAGAUCCCUCCGUGCAGGUCCCCAGCCUGCUUUCCUGGGGACACGCGGAUGAUAGACCAUUGCCCAGGGUGAUGGAAAGCAUUCACUAUUAUCCAGGCCGCCUAUCACAUAACUUCAAAGGUCGAACGACCAAUCAAUACUUCGUUCCUCCAAAUCCACUCUUGCUAAGUAGUGAAUGUUUGAACACUUGAGUAGCAGCAUGGGUCGCUCUCAUGAGAACGUCGAGCUCACAGGGAGAAUAUUCCACGAAUUGCUACCUAUGUCGAAGUCUGACACAGGAUGUUCCGUUCAUCCGAU